GGGCCAGGUGGCUUCCCAAAGCUCAUUCCUGCAUCACCUCGUCAUUGGGUUGCAGCUUCCCGACCUGGCCGGUAUCCAGCGACCCCAAGAACCAGCAGACUUGCACUCACGACAUGCUCAAUCACGCAACCCAGAAGAUGAAGAAGAUGCAUGCCCGGCGGAAUCCUAAUCUGUCCCCCGUGUCCUCGGCCGCUUACUCACAGCUUAGCCCCUCCGUGACGUCGGCCACAUUCCUCUCUCCCACGGUUGCCUCCCGCCGCGGUCUGCUCUCGCCUUCACCGCCGCCGUCCCCGAGCCUUCCGUCUCUGAUCCCGCGCCACGGAAAGAAGCCAUCGAUAUCAAGCCACUCCAGACUGGUGAAGCGAUUGCUCAUUGGCUUCUGUGGCGUUGCGAUCUUGGUAUGGCUCGUCAUCCAGCAGUUAUAUACCCCUCAGCAACACCCGGUCGAGUUCGAGGACGAUGGAGAAGAGUGGGAAAUGGUCGGGGGCAGCCUCCUUCCAGAGGAGCCGUCUGCGGUGGUGGUCCAGGAUGCCAAAGGGAACUCCAAGUGGACUGUGUCAAUACCAUCGAGCUACGACUUUCCGCUGAAGCCGGCACAGUAUCGCGACAUCUGCAAGCAAUCAAUGGAGUUGUCGAAGCAGCUGCGCCAAGAAGCCCAAGCCAACAGCAACAUUGCGAAGCGAAUGCUUGCCUACUAUCAAAAGGAUAAAUAUUAUAUCGACGUCCAGGAGGCGGAGCAGCAGGCACUGCUUCCGCCUUCGAAGAGCACAGGGAGACCGAAGAGCUUUGUGGAUGACGUUGCUAUCGCCAACGGGGAGUCCACAAGUGGGCUGAAGGUGUGCGCCAGGACGCUCACAUAUGUUAUGGAGACAGAGGACGCAGGCUUCGGUAACACGUUGAUGCGUUUGUGGAUGUCGUACGGAUUGGCUCAGGCAGAGAAUCGGACCUUCUUUGUGGAUGAUACCAAGUGGCCCUACGGCAAGUACUCCGACUAUUUCACGCCGCCUCCGACCGCAGGCUGUCUACCGCCGCCAAGGUCCCACAUGGUUCCCUGCCCUCACAAUUCCCGACACAUUGUCGUCUCUGGCGCAACAGUAGGGUCCACUUUUGGACACUCCUUUACCGAUGAAUGGGAGGACCCCACUCAGCGAUAUGUACAGCGCCAACACAAGAUAUUCGGCCUAGUGAGAGCUGGGUACGAAGCGCUCUUCAAGCUUCGCACCGAUGAUGCCAAAUACGUCCUUGACCGCGCUGAACAUCUUUACGGCCCGAUCGUCGAGCACGGUGGCAUCAGCAUCGGCAUUCACGUGCGACGAGGGGAUAAGCAUCCCUUCGAGUUUCAAUACCAGAAGGACUACAUUCCGCUGGGGCGGUACAUGGAUACCGCGCGAGACAUCUAUAUCGACCGUGUGGAGAAUGCAAACUCCAAGUCGAAGAAGAAGCGAAGCCUAGAAGAGAACAACCUCUUUGCCCGUCAUACAUCGUCUAAGCUCGUGCUUGCUUCUGAUGACCCGGUCGUCUACGAAUCUGGCGAGCUAGGACCCAACGCGGAGCGCGCUCAGGACCGUAUCAUCCUAGCCACCAAAGCCACUCUCGAAGCCGCCCAAGGCAAGAAGAACCCGUGGAUCGACGAAAUCACUGGCUGGGAGGGGGGCUUCUACCGUGACGUCUUCCUCAGCCUCGGUCGCCCUGUUGGCAAUGCAGACGACAUAAGCAAGCUCGACAACACUGAUGUUCCGGAAGGGGCAAUGAAGCUCCGCGAACUUGUCGGCCGCGCUUAUCUCAUGGAUCUUGCGGUGGUCGGCAAGGCGGAUACAGUAGUCUGCACAGUAUCGAGCAUCGGAUGUCGUAUCCUAGCUGUGAUGCUAGGCUGGGACAGCGCAAUUACCAGGGGCAACUGGAUAAACAUUGAUGGAGAUUUUGAUUGGAAGGGGAUUGUGUGGUGAUCUGGAUCUCGGGAAGAACGGCCGAAAGAUUUGAGAGAAAAGAGAUACCCAAACCUGCCCAUUCGUUCG